CACUCGCUGCUCAAGCGCCUGCGCAAGGCCAAGAAGGAGGCGCCGCCCAUGGAGAAGCCCGAGGUGGUGAAGACCCACCUGAGGGACAUGAUCAUCCUGCCCGAGAUGGUGGGCAGCAUGGUGGGCGUCUACAACGGCAAGACCUUCAACCAGGUGGAGAUCAAGCCCGAGAUGAUCGGCCACUACCUGGGCGAGUUUUCCAUCACGUACAAGCCGGUGAAGCACGGCCGGCCUGGCAUCGGUGCCACCCACUCCUCCCGCUUCAUCCCGCUCAAGUAGCUCCGGGAGGGAGCCUCCUGCAGUGUAAAUAAAGAAAUUCCACCUGGA